UCCGAUUAAGAACGACCUCCCGAUUGGACAUUCGCAAUUCCGGUUAGAGAGAAGAGCCAAUCAGAAUGAGUCUGCUCUCUGAGUCCCCGCCUCUUCCUGGAUGUAAGCUUUGGUGGCGGGAAAAGUUCUGAAGUUUUCGCGCCAGGGCGGAGCCACCCAGGGCUGUUCGCGCGGCUUUGUAGCAGGCAAUUCCGAGGCUGCGGGCAUGGCGGGGACGGUGGUGCUGGACGAUGUGGAGCUGCGGGAGGCUCAGAGAGAUUACUUAGACUUCUUGGACGACGAGGAAGACCAGGGAAUUUACCAGAGCAAAGUUCGGGAACUGAUCAGUGACAACCAGUACCGUCUGAUAGUCAAUGUGAAUGACCUGCGCAGGAAAAAUGAAAAGAGGGCUAACCGCCUGCUGAAUAAUGCCUUUGAGGAACUGGUUGCCUUCCAACGAGCCUUAAAGGAUUUUGUGGCCUCCAUUGAUGCUACGUAUGCCAAGCAGUAUGAGGAGUUCUACGUAGGAUUGGAGGGCAGCUUUGGCUCUAAGCAUGUCUCUCCCCGCACUCUUACUUCCUGCUUCCUCAGCUGUGUGGUCUGCGUGGAGGGCAUUGUCACUAAAUGCUCACUAGUUCGUCCCAAAGUUGUGCGCAGUGUCCACUACUGUCCUGCUACAAAGAAGACCAUAGAGAGACGUUACUCUGAUCUCACCACCCUUGUGGCCUUUCCAUCCAGUUCUGUCUAUCCCACCAAGGAUGAGGAGAACAAUCCUCUUGAGACAGAAUAUGGCCUUUCUGUAUAUAAGGACCACCAGACCGUCACCAUCCAGGAGAUGCCAGAGAAGGCCCCUGCUGGCCAGCUUCCCCGCUCUGUGGAUGUCAUUCUGGAUGAUGACUUAGUGGAUAAAGUCAAGCCCGGUGACCGAAUCCAGGUGGUGGGGACCUACCGCUGCCUUCCUGGAAAGAAGGGAGGUUAUACUUCAGGGACCUUCAGGACUGUCCUGAUUGCCUGCAACGUGAAGCAAAUGAGCAAGGACACGCAGCCUUCAUUCUCUGCCGAGGACAUAGCCAAGAUCAAGAAGUUCAGUAAAGCCCGCUCCAAGGAUAUCUUUGACCAGCUGGCCAGGUCAUUAGCUCCUAGUAUCCAUGGACAUGACUAUGUCAAGAAGGCAAUCCUCUGCUUGCUCUUGGGAGGGGUGGAACGAGACCUCGAAAACGGCAGCCACAUUCGUGGGGACAUCAAUAUUCUGCUAAUAGGAGAUCCAUCAGUCGCCAAGUCGCAGCUUCUGCGGUAUGUGCUCUGCACUGCGCCCCGGGCUAUUCCCACCACUGGCCGUGGCUCCUCUGGAGUAGGUCUGACAGCUGCUGUCACCACAGACCAGGAAACAGGGGAGCGCCGUCUUGAAGCAGGAGCCAUGGUCCUGGCUGACCGAGGUGUGGUUUGCAUCGAUGAAUUUGACAAAAUGUCUGAUAUGGAUCGCACAGCCAUCCAUGAGGUGAUGGAGCAGGGUCGAGUAACCAUUGCCAAGGCUGGCAUUCAUGCUCGGUUGAAUGCCCGCUGCAGUGUUCUGGCAGCUGCUAAUCCUGUCUACGGCAGGUAUGAUCAGUACAAGACUCCAAUGGAGAACAUUGGGCUACAGGAUUCACUCUUGUCCCGAUUUGACUUGCUCUUCAUCAUGUUGGAUCAGAUGGAUCCUGAGCAAGAUCGGGAGAUCUCAGACCAUGUCCUCAGGAUGCACCGCUAUAGAGCACCUGGGGAGCAGGAUGGCGAUGCUAUGCCUUUGGGUAGUGCUGUGGAUAUCCUGGCCACAGAUGAUCCCAACUUUAGCCAGGAUGACCAGCAAGACACCCAGAUUUAUGAGAAGCAUGACAACCUUCUGCAUGGGACCAAGAAGAAAAAGGAGAAGAUGGUGAGUGCAGCAUUCAUGAAGAAGUACAUCCAUGUGGCCAAGAUCAUCAAGCCGGUCCUGACACAGGAGUCAGCUGCCUACAUUGCAGAAGAGUACUCACGCCUACGCAGCCAGGACAGCAUGAGCUCAGACACGGCCCGGACAUCUCCAGUUACAGCACGAACUCUGGAAACUCUGAUUCGAUUGUCCACAGCUCACGCAAAAGCCCGCAUGAGUAAAACCGUGGACCUGCAGGAUGCAGAGGAAGCUGUGGAGCUGGUCCAGUAUGCUUAUUUCAAGAAGGUUCUGGAGAAGGAGAAGAAACGUAAGAAGCGAAGUGAAGAUGAAUCAGAGUCAGAAGAUGACGACAACAAGAGUCAGGAGGACCACACGCAGAAGAGGAAGAGGAGGAAGACUCGUCAGUCAGAUGCCAAGGAGGGGGAUUCAUACGACCCCUAUGACUUCAGUGACACAGAGGAGGAAAUGCCGCAAGUACACACUCCAAAGACGGCAGAGUCACAGGAGACUAAGGAAGCCCAGGUGGAGUCAAGUGAGUCACAGGAAGCCAAGGAAACUCAGAAGGUGGAGUUGAGUGAGCCUAGGUUGAAGUCAUUCAAGGUAGCCCUCUUGGAUGUAUUCCGGGAAGCUCAUGCACAGUCUGUGGGCAUGAACCGGCUCACAGAAUCCAUCAACCAGAACAAAGAAGAUCCCUUCUCUUCAGAAGAGAUCCAGGCUGCACUGAGCAGGAUGCAGGACGACAACCAGGUCAUGGUGUCUGACGGCAUCAUCUUCCUCAUCUGAGGAGAUGCAUCUCUGAACUUGGCGCUGUUGUUUUCCUACACCUCUCCCACCCCAGUCUUUGCCUUCAUUCUCUAAACAAGUAAUUGACUGAAGUUAUGGGACAAGGUGAUGAAGUUGGAUCAGGACUUUGUGGAAGCUUUGGGAUGGGUAAUGAAGACUGUGGGGUAAGGAAAGAAAAGAGUGGAGAAGGUCUCUUCUGCAAAAGGACUGGACCAUCUACUUCCAAUCCCUAAACAGACCCAGUGUUAUUUUAUGUAAAUAACAUAGGACUUGAGUAUGUUUUGGGGCACAGGUGGUUUCUGUUCAUCUUUUCUAUGUCUGUAGUCUUUUUUAAUUCUCCGUUUGGUCUAGAAAAGUCUUGAGUUCUGUGCUGGUGGAGAAGGGACUGGAGCAGAUCAUGUAGGUCCUUUGAAGAAAGCUUUCUUUGCAGUUAAAGACUAAUGCAUUUUUGUC